AUGGUUGUUCUUGUCGGUGGAGGAACAGGCAAUGUCGGUUCUGCCGUGGUGCAAGCGCUGUCAUCUUCUGGUUUCGCUGUGAAGGUUUUGUCGCGGGAUCUGUCCACAGCGAAAGCAUCGAAGCUCUCCCAUUUGCCCGGCGUCUCAUGUGUUCAAGGUGACAUGAGCGAUGCUACGGCUCUGGCAUCUGCCUUCGAUGGCGUCACUGCCUGCUUUCUGGGCUGUUCAAAUUCUGAACAGCAGGUUCGAGACGAGGUCGCCUUCAUCGACGCAGCUCAGAGCCGCGGCUGCCGGUACCUGGUGAAGCUGGGGACCUGCGGGGCUCCAGGCUACACCUCCGCAGAUAGCAUCAUCCAGUAUGGCCGAAACUGUGGCUACGGGCAGAGACCGGUUUCGAUCAAACUCCUCUUCUCCAAGCCACGCCAGGAGUCUGUCAAUCGGACCUGCUGGAAAACCAAAGUUAAGGUUUCCAUGCUGAGAUCGAGAAGCACCUGUCUUCGACAGAUCUAG